AUGAUUGAUUUUACGGACGAUCUGGAAAACUGGAUGGGACGGCUACCGGCUGAAUUGAAAGCAGUACCUCUCAUACAUUUAGCAAUUCCCGGCUCACAUGACGCGAUGUCGUACGGCAUAAAGAACAAAGCACCGGUCGCUCCGGAUGCCGAUCCGAUCGUAGGUACGCUCAACAAGUUCAUUCCCUGUGUCGUGCGACGAUGGGCCGUAACGCAACGGUACAACAUGCUCGAACAGCUCAAGGCUGGCGUAAGGUACUUCGAUUUACGCAUCUGUAUGAAGCGACCCGAGAACAAGUUUUAUUUUGUUCACGGUUUGUUCUGUGAAGAAAUCUCGGAACCGCUCGAUCUGCUGAAGGAAUUCCUUCGCACACAUCCGAAGGAGUUCGUCGUACUAGACUGUCAGCAUUUCUAUUCGUUCAAUCCAACCGAUCACUGCGUCUUGUCGGCGGAACUAAACCGUAUCUUUGACCGUAAGAUAUACUCGCGCAAUGUAAGCGAACUGAAGGAAUGUACGCUAGAAUCGGCGACCGGCAAUGGCAAACAGGUGCUGAUCGUGUACCGUAGCGAUGCGUGCGUUAAUGAGCGUUUCUGGCUGAGCCAGGAUUGGCCAACACCCUGGCCGAACGAGAUUAAUGUGAAGAAGCUGCAGCAGUAUUUGGACGAAUCAUUGACCCAGCGGCGCCCCGACACCGGCUUCGUGUCACAGUGCGUCCUAACGCCGACGGUACGCUACAUAGUGCCUCGGUUUAUGUCGUCGCUCAGGUCCACCUGUGCGAAGGUGGUCGAUAGACAGCUGAUGGACUGGAUCAAGGGACAAAUGCCGGGCACAUUCGCUGGCGAAGAAAAGCCCCGGACCAAUGUGUUUCUGGCCGAUUUUGUCGACAUAGCGGACAAUCAGUUUUGCAAGGUGGUGGUCGGCCUAAACAGGAAGCUGUUAGAGCAGGAAAACAAUAGCACGCACAGCUCACCAUCUAAAAAGAGUUCGUAA